GGCCCUUUUGGGGAGGGGGAACCCCCGGCCCCGGCCCCGCGGGGGCUCCGCCGCACGCAGGGGGCAUGGCCGCCGCCCCCCGCCCGCCGCUUCUCUUGUGCUUCGGUUUCAGCCAUUUUUUGAGACCCUUGGAUGGAAUGUGCUGCUUUUGCCACGGAACACAAGGGGCUCUUUCCCAUAACCUAAAUCCUGGGAAUGUGGCUGUUUUGUAUGCAAAGAACCUGCCAUUUCUGACAGCACCAGGACCUGUGCUCCCAGGAUGUCCACGGAUGGCGGGUUUGGCACAGCUGGGAACAGCGAUGCCCAGCAGAGCCUGCAGUCCUUCUGGCCUCGGGUGAUGGAGGAGAUCAGGAACCUCACCGUGAAAGACUUCAGGGUUCAGGAGCUGCCCUUGGCUCGCAUCAAGAAGAUCAUGAAACUGGAUGAAGAUGUGAAGAUGAUCAGUGCAGAGGCCCCUGUGCUGUUUGCCAAGGCUGCUCAGAUCUUUAUAACAGAGCUCACCCUCCGAGCCUGGAUCCACACCGAGGACAACAAACGCAGGACUCUGCAGAGGAAUGACAUUGCCAUGGCAAUCACAAAGUUUGAUCAGUUUGAUUUCCUGAUCGACAUCGUUCCAAGGGAUGAGCUGAAGCCUCCGAAGCGACAGGAGGAGGUUCGCCAGGCAGUGACCCCAGCUGAGCCCGUGCAGUAUUAUUUCACCCUGGCCCAGCAGCCUGCAGCAGUGCAGGUGCAGGGGCAGCAGCAGGGCCAGCAGACCACCACGUCCACCACCACCAUCCAGCCAGGACAGAUCAUCAUCGCCCAGCCUCAGCAAGGCCAGAGCACCCCAGUGACGAUGCAGGUGGGAGAGGGGCAGCAGGUGCAGAUAGUGCAGGCCCAGCCCCAGGGCCAGACCCAGCAGGCUCAGAGCGGGACGGGGCAGACCAUGCAGGUCAUGCAGCAGAUCAUCACCAACACGGGGGAGAUCCAGCAGAUCCCGGUUCAGUUGAAUGCUGGCCAGCUGCAGUAUAUCCGCUUAGCCCAACCCGUGUCAGGCACCCAGGUAGUCCAGGGGCAGAUCCAGACGCUUGCAACCAAUGCACAGCAGAUAACGCAGACAGAAGUCCAGCAAGGGCAGCAGCAGUUCAGCCAGUUCACAGAUGGACAGCAGCUGUACCAGAUCCAGCAGGUGACAAUGCCAGCAGGCCAGGACAUCACCCAGCCCAUGUUCAUCCAGUCCACCAACCAGAGCUCGGACGCCCAGGCCACGCAGGUGACAGGGGACUGAGCAGGGCCACGAGUCCUCUCCCUGUGGGAACCAGCACAAACCACCUCAACAUUUGCCAAACCAGCCUGGUCUGCUGAACACACCUGCUCUGUGUUACCUGCACCUGGUAGUAAGCCUAUAGUAGGCUGCCAUCUCCAGUGCACUCUUACACCUUCCUCUGGUGGGUAUGAGAAUAUCCAACAGACUCUUGACAAGAAUGCAAUAUUUUUAUUUUUAAACCAGUAUUUCAGUGUAUGCAGCUGCUUGUUCAAACCCAGAGAACUAAGACAGAACUGAUCAAAAGGAAUUUGUAGCAUCUCGUCAAACAACCUGUAAAAUGUUUUUUAUUUCUAGUAAGAUUUGAGGGUACUGCUCCUGGUUUGUGUCAGAGCUCUAUUCCUGCUGUUCUGUUUGUAUUUUUUUUUUUUUUUACUCUGGAUAGAGCUAGAUUUGGUCCUCCCAUCUCAGUGGGCUUUAGGGGUGUUUGGGGGGAGUGUGUGUGUGUGUGUGUGUGUGUGUGUGUGUUAGAUUUUCCUCUCCUGCCUCCUCUUUUGGAGCAUUGUCUGUAUACAGGGAGUAGGGGAGGAGUGAUUAACAACAAAAAAAGUGUGAAAACAACAAAAAAAAAAACAUUCCUUGUAUUAUGAUUGUAUUUUCUAAGGGCAAAAGAUUCUUGAAUUUGGCUUCUUUAUUCCAGAAAAACUGAUGGAAUGUGGACAAACCCCAGCCCUGCUGUUACCUGUUGUACUGGCUUUGGUCAAUGCAUGUAAAAUAAGCUUCAGAAAAGGAAUUAAAUUGCUUUUGUCAGA